UUGUUUUUUUUUUGUAUAUACAUAAACCUCUUAUCUUCUUUAUUCCUUGUUGCGCGUCACGUAAACGCUAUAAUUUAAAAACGAGAACUUAUAUACGAAUCCUUAUUUGUCAUAUCAGAAAUAUAAAAGUUAUGAAAGAUCUAGAUAUUGCUAAAAAUCGGAAUGCUCGACCAAGAAAAGGUAUCUUACUAUUUCGUCAUUUCACUAUAAAAUCAUUUAUCUAUUCGUUCGUACUACACUCAAUUCCCAUUUCUUCAGUUCUUCCUUCUCCUUCACUAUGAGGGAUCCCUGACUCUACUGGACAUAACAUAAUUUUUUUAACGAUCGAAAAUCAUUUAUAGAAUUUCUAUGUCUUCUAUUCUUAUAUACCGAUCGAUAUUUUCAAAUUAUAUAUCUCUAGAUGUAACUACAAAUGUUAUGCUUAUAAUAGUAGACCACGAUUCUAUUUAAUUAGAGAUUCUAUCAAUCUAUCGGCUUAAAUACAAAUUAUGUCAAUCCAUCGGCUUGUAAUUUAGAGUUUCUCUUUCCAAAUCGAAUAAUACAUUCACAAACAUAGAAGAGGUCUAUAAUAUCAUAGAAAUCUGUAAUUUACUGAUUUAUAUUGUCUUUUAUAGUCUUCAAUCUAUUACGUGGACAGAAGAAAGUCAUUAAGUUAUUUCUCUCUCUCUCUCUCUCUCUCUCUCUCUUUCUCUCUCUUUUUCUAGCGAAUUCUAUUCAGACUACCAUAAAUGAUAUUCGAGUUAUACUUCAAUGUUACAAAUAAAAUGUGCAAAUAAGAGGAAGAAUACAGAUAAAAUAGUCGCGUUGAAUAUGGAUAAUUACGAUGUAGAAAAACCAAUGCAACGCUGGAUCGAACCAAAUUUUCAUUUAAAUGUAAGCGUAUCGAUCAUUUAUUAUAUGGGAACUUGGCCACCACUAGGAAAAUAUCGUUCGUUGUAUAUCAUUUAUACGAUAUGCAGUUUCACAUUUAUAUUAGGAAUUUUUUUGUUAACCGAAAUAGCAAAUCUUAUAUUGAGUUUGAAAGAUUUAGAAAGAUUAAUUGCCGGAGCAACUCUUCUUAUGACUAAUUGUACUCAUGCAUACAAGAUAGUAAUAAUUCUUUAUCGGCAAAAACGUAUACAAAAUCUUUUAGAUAUAACGAAAAAUGAAAUAUUUGUUCGACACAAUAUUAAAUACAAAUAUAUAAUGACUCGAUAUACUUGGAAAGGAAUUUUUCAUCAUAUAGCUUAUCAAAGUUUUGGUACAGUGGCAGUACUCUGUUGGGGUUUUACACCAAUUGCUGAUCUUAUUGCUGGAAGAUCAAGAAGAUUACCAAUGGAAGGUUGGUACCCUUACAACGUGACUGUUACUCCAGCUUUUGAAAUCACUUCCUUGCAUCAGGCCGUGGCAAUCUUCGUUGCUUGUUUCCAUAAUGUAGCUAUGGAUACUUUAGUCACUGGUCUUAUCACUGUUGCAUGUUGUCAACUUUCAAUAUUGAGUCAGACUGUAGCUUCGAUAGAGAAUUAUGAACGAGAAGAAAAAAGUAAUAUAAAAACAAUUAACGAAGAAAAAAAUUGUUACGAUGUUCCAUAUGAAACGCUAAAAAGAUGUAUUAUUCAUAAUAACGUUAUAUUCAGUUUCACCAACGAAAUACAAAAUAUUUUUGGUACAAUGAUUCUUUUACAAUUUUUUGUCAAUUGCAUUAUCAUUUGUUUGAUCGCUUUUAACAUUUCACAGAUGAAAAUCUAUAUUCCAGCAAUUCUGUUUGGUAUGCUCAUGUAUAUGUGUUGUAUGACAUAUCAAAUUUUUAUAUAUUGUUGGCAUGGUAAUGAAUUACAAUUACAUAAUAUAUAUGUUAGCACAGCAGCUUAUUCCAAUGAUUGGUGGAAUGCUGGUAAUCAUUUUAAACGUGCAUUGCAAAUAAUGAUAAUAAGAGCACAUCGACCUCUUAUUUUAAGUGCUGGAAAGGUCUUCACUUUAUCAUUAAAUACUUUUGUCAACGUAAGUAUAUCGAUGAAUUAUAUCCUUUACAAAAAUAUAUAAACUAACUAUUCCAAUCUUUCUGAUAGCCCUUUGCACUAUGACGUUACUAUUAAUCUAUUAUCACCAUAUUUAUCUAGAUUUCAUGCGUUAUCUUUAAUGUGA